AUGAGACUCAUCACAGGAGACGAAUGUGGGUUGUUGAAGGAAUUUGUUCCCGAGAUUGCCCACCGCAAGCAGGGGGCGGGAGAGGUUACUAAGAAAUCGGAUAUCAUUCUACCCGCUCGCUUUGAUAUCAUGCAAAAAAUCAACAGUCACCAUGGGAUACAACGAGUGGACCCCGCCGAGCGUCAGACCAGGGAACGAGGGAUUGUCAGUUUGACCAUGCUCCAGGAUGAUAACGAAAAUGACUUUCAAUUUGCCUCGUUGCGCAGCAAUGGAUCCGUACAACUAUGGCAGGGACAGCGUCCCGAGCUUACCAAGCAGAACAAAAACAAGUUUGCGCACUACCAACAGUUAUCCGUGCAUGCGGGGGAUAUUUUUGAGCAAGCCAAGAGCUCCAUUCUCGACCAGGUUCCCGUACAGCCAUUGGCCAUGGAAUGUAUCAAAAAGUCGAACCGAUUGGUGGCCUGUGAUACCCACGGAACCAUGGUCGUGCUGAAACCAAAUAAUACCACGGAACAACCAUCCAUUGUACAUCACUUUGCCGCCUUUGACAAUACACCCGACAAUAUUACGCUGACGUAUACCAAGGGAAAAGUCAUGAACCGACAACUUGCUUCCGCCAUGGUAGUGCAUCCCGACGAUGGUACAGCUGCUAUUGGAGGUCGGGAACGCGAUGUUCGAUUAAUCGAUUUGGAAACGGGAAAGGCCACGUGGAAGGCCAAGAAUUUACCACCCGAUCCGCAGACACUAUUGCAGCAACCCAUUUGGCCCUCCUCCUUGGCAUUUUGGGGCCACAACGAAAGUCGCGUGCUGGCCGCAGGAACGGCAUGGGGACAAGUACGACUCUACGACGUACGCAUGCCUCCGCAUCAAACCACCAGUAUUCUACGACGUCCCAAGGCAUACACACCCCUCGAGAGUCGGGAGCAUCGCAUUACCGCCAUUUGUCCCGUCAGCGAUCAUCAUAUUGUUGCGGGGGAUACCACGGGGGAUUUGCACGCCCUCGAUCGACGAUACAAUUUCAAUGGACAAGAACAACGACAACAACAUGUCGACAGUAGCACCCGAAGUAGUACCGGGCGUUACGUGGGGCCUUCGGGGUCCAUAAGACAAUUGAUCAAACAUGCUACCUUGCCCAUUUUGGCGGCAGUGGGAUGUGAUCGCAUCUUACGAACGUAUGAUACGAACAAGCAAACGAAUAUUGAUUGUGUGUACUUGAAACAACGGCUGAAUUGUGUCUUGAUGUGUCAAGAAGAAUUGCUGGAGGAUAGUGAGGAAGCUGAUGAUAUUGCUCUUGCUGCAACUGUGAAUGAUGAUGGCGAUAUGGAUCAGGAAGAUGUCGUACAGGAUUAUGUCGAUUCAGAUGACGACGAUGAUUCAGAUGAUGAGAGUGAUGACGGAAACCAGGAUGUAGUGGACGAUAAGCGAAACGGCAAGAAAAGACAGCAGAAUGCAAACGAAUCGUCUUCGGACGAAGGAGACGACGACGACGAUGAAGACUCGUCAGAUGAAGAAGCAGACCAGAAUGAGCAAGAGCAAUCUGCAGCUACUAGAUCUGACAGUGAAUCUUCGGAGGAGGAGGAAGACGACGACAAUGACGAUGAGCAGGAAUCAUCGGAAGACGAGGCUCCUCGAAAACGGAGGCGUCGGUGA